AUGGCAGCAUCGAUAGUCACUGACUUUGGUAUAGCUUUGCAUGAUGUAGACAAAAACACGCCGGACAAAAUAAUCUUACGCUUUUUGAAGAAGUAUUCUACUGGCAACUAUAAGAUAAAUAAGCGCGGCACUCCUUAUCGUAAAAAUGGUGAAGAACGUCAACGGAUUUAUAUCGGAUUCGAUUCUCUGCAGAGUGUCGAUGAAUUUAUGCGACAACGACCUUUUACGUUCGAUGGUAAACUAUUGAAAGUUAUGCGAAGUUUACCGAAAAGUCGAUUAUAUGAUCGAAUGGUUACUGGUUUGAAAAUAAACAUAGAAUCAUUUCAAGAUGAACAUUUAUUGACUGAUAAAGUGAAUGAAAACGAUUUAAAAAAGCAUUUUCAAUACAAUGGAACGAUCCUUUCCAGCAAAUGGAUGAAUUCAGCUAAAACGGAAGCCUUAUUUCAAUUCGAGGAUUAUGAUGCAGUCGAUAGAAGCAUCAUCUGUAACCAAAUAUUGAAAAUUAAGGGGCGGAAAAUUGAUUUGGAAAAAUACAUCACAGACGCAGAUCGUAUCGCAAACAACGUUCCUUAUUGUAUUCAUGUUAGAAAUUUACCUGUUCGUGUUACAAGCGAAGAAUUAGCUGAUAUGUUCGAAGUUCGUAUUCCUUUUAUUCUUGUACAUCCAUGCUUUCUAAUCGAACAAGCGCAUUCAACUGAUGCUCGAACAACGAGCGAAGCUUGGAUAAAAGGAUUCAGGGACAAAGCAGAUGCACAACAUAUAGCUGAAAAAAACAGUGGCAAAACUCUGCGUAGAAAUCGUAUUGUAUGUCAAGUGAUGCAAGAAGAAAUCGACGAAGAUGAAUUGUGUACGAAGUUUUUAAAAGGUCAGUGUCCAUAUACAAAUGAUACGUGCCAUUUCAAACAUAUCAGUUGUGAUGAACCUGAUACUUGCGAAAAUCCGGAUUGUUGGUAUGGACAUACGGAUGUGCGCUCAACUAAACCGCAUUUUCGACCUCCACAGCGUUUGGAAGAUGCACGUUAUCGUGUCAAACUGAGCAAUCUACCUCCCGAUGUUACUCAUGAUGACCUUAUCAAGCGGUUGAAUAUCAAUUCGAAAUUUGACAAGCAUUUAAUUUUGCAACCAUCUGAUGGCAAUUCAACGAAGUCAUCAAUAACAGCUUACCUAGUACGACAACCAUCUGAAAAUAGACUUCGACAAUUGAUAAAUAAAUAUCAUGACACAUUUUAUUCGUCGACGAGACAACAAAGAAUACAAUGCCAAUUAGAAUUAGCUCAGGAGUUCUUCGAAUGGAAUGAUAAUGCGGAUAUAACUUCAUCGGUUAACAGCAGUCGAUGUGCAUCACCGACACGAAGUCUUGGGAGCACAUGUUCAAGUCGAAGUCGACUACAGCAGUCAUAUUCAUCCGUUGUUGCGGCUAAUACUGUUGAACACUCUCAAAUGAGUAAGCAGCCAUAUACAUCAUCGUCGAUUUCAACAAAUAGAUCAACUGUUCAAAAAGACGAACUCACCAGCUCAUCGCAGAGAUCGCAAACACAGACUACAGCUCGUUCAUCGCCUUCGGAUAUGUCACAACUGGCCGCCCAAUGGAAGUGGACCGGCGAAAUGAUGAAUAACGAUUCAUCUGAUACGGAUCAACAGUAUUGGUUGAAAAAUUCAUCGAAGAAAGGCACGAACGCCAUAAUAAAAAUCUACUCGUCAGGAAAUCAUGGGAAUACCUUAUUACGUGCACGCCGUGAGCGAAUUGCUCUACAACAGCUAAGUGAAUUGCGUAACUGUGUGCCGAAGAUAUGCGAAAGUAAUGUAGUCGAUGAAGCUUCAUCAAAAACAGAAUUCUGGACAAUUAUGAAGUUGAUGGAUGGCGAAAGACUUUCAGAUGAUCUAAAAGUUCAUGGUAAAGUUCCAUUGCUUGGAGCUUUAGAAAUCUGUCGAUCAUUGUUAAUGAUCAUCAAACAAGUUCACAAUCAGAAGAUUGUUCAUCGUGACAUUCAACCAAGAAACAUUCUUAUUCAACGAAAUUCAACAACAAAGGAUUUCAAAUUGAUGCUAGUUAACUUCACUUCGGCAUGGAUUGAUGGUAAUGAACUGAUUAGUUGCAUGAAACCUAUCGAGGAGCAAUGGAGCAGUGAAUUUUACUUAGUUCCACAGCUUGAAGAGAUCAAUUUUCAAACUAAUCAACAAGUUCAACCUUGUCAAUAUAGUCCUACAAUUGACGCAUCGGGCACCUGUGCUCUUCUCUUCUGGCUGCUCACUGGUCACAAACCAAGAGCAUCUCGUGAUAUAUCUGGCAAUGCACCGCAUCAAUUACGUGAUAACGUCAAAAUUAUCGAAAGCAAAAUUGGCGCUGUCACAAGUUUUAACGACGAUAGAAUUAUGUAUCAACAUAUAGAAACACAUUUAAGGCUAAUCUUCGAUCGUGGUUUUGCUCGUCCAGAUCAGCAAUGGUCAAUAGAUGAACUUGAUUACCAGCUUCAAUGCAUCAUCAUGCCACUCCAGAACAAACACGAGCGAACCGACUAUUUCCCUGUUUCAUCGACAGUUAAUACUAAUCCGACAUUGUCGGUGAUUCCUUUCGAAGAUCCGUUUGUCUGCAUGGUGUCAAUGAUAUAUAAUUUAAAAACUAGACUCGUCAAUCGUUUUCUUAAAUGCAUGGGUUGGUCAAGUCAAGGCAAAAACCAGUGGAUUACUGAAGAUAAACGGAUCGAAAAUCGUGAUAUGUUAAUCUUUGGGUAUCAGGGAACUAAUUUGACAAUUGAUAUUCAUUGGAAUGUCACAAUUUUAGAAAAUGAUCGAUUUAAGUUAGUUAUUAACGCAAAGGGUCCGGAUACAGUUAAUUCAGAAUUACCUCUUGGUAGUUGGAACAUCAGACAGCCAUCUACGGAUUUCGAAAUUUUAUUAAAAAGUGUGGAAUUAAAAAUAAAGAUUUUAAUUUGUAUUUUAUCACAAUCUUAA